CAAACCUAUAAUCAACGGGUUUUGUAUCGGAUAAAUGUACUGAUUGAAGACACUUUGAUUAACAAAAAGAAAAAAGAUUAAAACUAAUAAAUUAUGAGAGAAAUAAGGAAGAAUGUGACAAAAUCUUAACAAAAUGAGAAUUAUUUCUACAUUGUAUAUAUUGAAAUAUCUACACUUGAGAUAAAAUGCUUCAAAUGUCGCGUAUAUCUCUUGUAGACGUUACAGUUUAAUGUCGCAGGGAAGAUUGGAAUAUUUUAUAAUAUAUGUGAGAUUUACAAUAUAAAUAUAUAUAUAUAUAUAUAUAUAUAUAUAUAUAUAUAUAUGUUUACAAUAUAUUUAUAAUUUAAUAUAUAUAUAUUUUACAAUAUUUAUUAAAACAUACAAGAUGGCAUUCUCAGCGCGUAUCUCGCAUAAAAGCAAUAAAAUCUCGUAUCAUUACCACAAUAUCUUUGUGAUAUGUUUGUUAAUAUUUACACUGUUCAUUGUAUUGAUCUCAGUGUAUCAUAUUUUCAAAUUUGGCAAUACGCAGAAACAUACCGAACAUAUUCCAAUAACGCUGAAUGACAUAAAUGCCUUACCCACUCAAAUGUUAUCUGCCGACUUGGCUAUGAGCGAUGCCACCAAUUCUUCCUGCACAUAUUUUACUUGUUUCAAUGUAUAUCGAUGCGGAAGUCGGGGAAGUAAACUUCUGGUAUAUGUCUAUCCACCCAAAAUAUACUUGGACUCUGCAAGUAGACCAGUAACAAACCAGAUGACAAGAGAGUUUUAUCAAAUUCUGAGUGCUAUUAUUAAUAGUAAAUUUUAUACACCUAAUCCAUAUGAAGCUUGCAUUUUUGUUCCCUCUAUCGAUACUCUCAAUCAGAAUAGAUUAAGAUUGCAAGAGGUCUCUCAAGCAUUAAGAUCAUUACCCUUCUGGAACAGAGGAGAGAAUCAUUUAAUUUUUAACAUGGUACCUGGAAGCGUGCCAGACUAUAACACUGUCAUCAAUGUACCAGUUGGAAGAGCAAUGAUUGCAGGUGCUGGAAUGUCAUCUUUGACAUACAGGCCUGGUUUUGACAUUAGUUUACCAGUAUAUAGUCCAUUAAUAAAUAAUCUCAAGACAAAUUACAGUAAUGGGAGAACAUGGUUAGUAAUAUCUUCACAAAUCAAUAUUAAUACUGCUUUUGAACAAGAUUUAAUGGAAGUAAAAACGACAUAUCCAAAGGACAUUCUGAUAUUAGGUCCAUGUCUACAUUUUAAUCCCAUGAAUAAUACAAUACGUUGCGUCAGAGAGGGCAUAUACAAAUAUCCCGAUGUCUUGCAAUCGGCAACAUUUUGUCUAAUAAUCCGCGGCGCUAGGCUUGCCCAAAGCGCACUUCUGGAUGCAAUGGCAACUGGGUGUAUACCUGUAAUUAUAGCUGAUUCUUUAAUGAUGCCUUUUCAUGAUGUAAUCGAUUGGACUAAAGCUGCUGUUUUUGUACGCGAAGUUGAUAUUUUAUUAAUAAUACACCUGCUAAAAAAGAUAUCCCACCAACGCAUCAUGGAGAUGCAAGAACAGGAUGCAUGGCUCUAUGAUCGUUAUUUCAGUACAAUGGAAAAGAUCACGGAAACUACAUUAGAAGUACUCACGGAUCGCGUAUUUCCGCAUUUGACACGAGAUUACACAUAUUGGAAUGUGCCAUCUUAUAAGAGUAAACCUUCACCUCUCUUUUUACCAAUAACUGCUCCUAAAACACGCGGCUUUACUGCUGUAAUAUUAACAUAUGACAGACUGGAAUUACUGUUCCUGUUAAUUAAUAAACUUGUAAAAGUACCAAGUUUAUCUAAAGUUCUAGUAAUUUGGAAUAAUCAGCAUAAAAAUCCACCGCCUUCUACAAGAUGGCCAAAAGUGAAUAAGCCAUUAAAAGUGAUUCAAACGAAGGAAAACAAAUUGUCAAAUCGAUUUUACCCAUAUGAUGAAAUUGAAACUGAAGCAGUAUUAUCGAUAGACGAUGAUAUUAUUAUGUUAACUGCUGAUGAAGUGGAAUUUGCUUAUGAGGUAUGGCGAGAAUUUCCAGACAGAAUUGUUGGAUUUCCAUCUCGUAUACAUAUGUGGGAUAAUAGUACUAAUUGUUGGAAGUAUGAGAGCGAAUGGACAAACAGCAUCUCUAUGGUUUUAACAGGAGCAGCUUUCCAUCAUAAGUAUUGGAAUUACUUGUAUACAACAGCCAUGCCUGGAGAUAUAAAAGAAUGGGUCGACGAGCACAUGAAUUGCGAGGACAUCGCGAUGAAUUUUCUAGUAGCAAACGUUACUGGAAAAGCUCCGAUAAAGGUAACACCAAAGAAGAAAUUUCGAUGUCCCGAAUGUACCAACACCGAAAUGUUAUCCGCGGAUUUGACGCACAUGGUGGAACGUACACAAUGUAUAAACAAAUUCUCCUCUAUUUAUGGAACUAUGCCAUUGGAAUCAGUCGAGUUUCGCGCAGAUCCAGUACUCUUUAAGGACGUGUUUCCCGAGAAACUAAAGCGAUUCAACGAUAUAGGCAGUUUGUAAUUGUGAUAUAUAGGUAUAAUUUUUAUUAAAUUAAUGAGGGAAAUCAAGUUAUGAAAAAUGUAUAGAUUUAUCGAUCAAAGUAUGUAGAAUGUUGCAGAUUAUAAUAGAUAAAAUAGUCUAUACAAUGAUAUGUUUAACUAUCCUUUUAAGAAAAAUGAAAGUUUUGAUAAAAAUGAAGAUUUUAGUAAUAUGGUACCUCCAUCUGAACCGAUUAUGAAAUUGAAUAUUCUAUGUAUAUAUAUAUAUACAAUUGUAAAAUUCCAAGAGGAAUAUAUAAGUGAGUAGAGAAUACAGUGGACAUGGAGCAGUGUGACUCAAUGGCAGAAUGCCAGUUAACUGAGAUCCUAGAAUCGAGUCCUGUUAAGAAUCCAAGGAUAUUUUUCCUCUGCUUAAGAAAUAUCUUACAGAUUUCAAAAGUGGAAUACAUCUCAAAAGAUCUUGGAUGCUUGGUGAUAUCUCAGGAAUAAAUCAAUGUCAGGAAUCUUCCAUUUGAGAGAUAUUUACUUAUUCCUAAUAUCUCCCAUCAAACAUUCAAGAUCUUUUAUAAUUAUAUACAUAUGUAUUAUAUAUUAAAUCGUUUACGUCUUGGUGGAUGGAGUAUUUGUUUAUAAUGCAAAUAAAAAUUACUUUUAAACUGUUAUCAGGAUUCAUGUAUUUAUAUGCACAAGUUUACAAGUUAAAAAUUUAGGAAAAUAUAUGUGUAUUUCGCAAAAUUGUGACUGUAAAACGAUUAAA